UGAGCUGCGUCACUAUUUUGUGCUGACAUUUGUAUUGGGAAGCUGUAAGGCCAGGUGACUGAUGUCUUACUGAUGUAUGGCACCUAAGCUAUGGCCUCCGUCUUUAAACCGCCGACUGGCAGCUUUCCAGUCCUGUUGCGUCUACUUGACCAAUAUCAUGACACGCAAGAGCCUGAGCAAGCCAAGCUGGCCUGCUUGGAGCUCUUUGCAAAGCUGACUGGCAAUAUCUUGAAAAAUCCUGAUGAGCCUAAAUAUCAGCGCUUCAAAACGCGCAAUGGAGCAAUUCAAAAGACUGUGCUGAGUCAACGAGGCUCCGAUCUCAUAUUGCUUGAAGUCGGCUUCAAUCCAGAAGUACAAGAUAUGGAAGAGUUCUUUGUGUUUAAAGGCACACUGAAUCACCUGGAAAUUAGCCACGAAAGGAUAUCAAGGCACACGGAAAUGAUGCGUCAAGCUAUUGCUAAGGAUUUGUCUAAGCCAUCCGCAAUGCUGGCCGCUCAAGCAUCGCAGAAGUUGGAAGCCAUCAAGCUGAUUGAUGACGAUGCUGCGCGAAGACGAGCGAAAGCGUGCAGGGGCAAAGUCUUGGACCCAACUGCCUCGCCUAGUGAAGAGAACGUUGCGAGGCAGAUGGCCUUGUUGGCAAUAGAGAGGAGGAUGCAGCAGAGUGUGCAAAUGGAGCAGCAAGCACCUGAUGGCCUCGAUUGAACGUAUAGAUAGCUCAUUGCCAGAGUGUAGAAGCUGCA